AUGCAUAUUAUUUUUAAAUGUUUUCUUUUUUUUUUAUGUUUUUUUUUAUUAGUACUUUUGGAUAUAUGUAAAUCUUACAAAAUUCAAAAAUUAGAUAAAUAUUACAUUCAAAAUGUAAACAAAUAUAAUAAUCAUUUUACAUUUAAAAAAAAUGGGGAAAAUAAGAAAUUAAAAAUAUUUAAAAAGUAUAAAUUACAUGGCUCAUUAAAUGACUAUAUUUAUAAAUUAUUAAUUAGAAAAUUUAAAAAACAAAAAGUUAAAAAAGAUGUAAACAUAUAUAAAACACUACAAUCAGCUAAAAGUUCUUAUAACAUUGACUUUUUAUUUUCUUGUAAUUUUCAACUUAGUGAAAUAAAACAAAAAUUAGCAGAAUAUUCUUAUGAACUAAAAUUAAUAGAUGCUGAAAAAAUAAAAAUAAUGUAUUUAGGUAAAAAAAAACUAGUUAGACCAAUUAAAAAACAAUUAGAAGCAUAUUAUAUUUUAUUUUCUAUGGAAAUAUAUCCUUCUAUGAUUAAAGAAAUAUCAGAAAAAUUAAAACUUCAAAUUCAUGUAUUAAGAUUUAUCAUAACAAAGAACAAAAAAGAAUCGAGAACUAUUGAAUAUAAGGAAAACGAUUCAAUAAAAGGAUCUGUUUUAAAAGUAGAACAAAAUUUUUUUAAGAAAAUAUUUUAA